AUGUCGUCGCAAACCCCUGACGUCAACGCUCUGUUGCACAACAUGCAUGCACAGAUCUUGGCGUUAACUACGCAACUCGCCGAGCUACAGGCAAACCCUCCUACCCCCGCAGUAGAGAAAAAGUUCAAUAAGAAAGUCGAAGUUGUCGCUGACCCUGGCGCCUUCGAGGAGACAGAGUGCGAUUUGCCGAGUGGUGGAUCAAACCCCAAAUAUGGGUUAAGGCAAAUUGGGACGCAUUUGCCGACACUUUUGAGAAUGCAGGAGUGCUACACCGCGGGAGUGUGGCCCACCUGGGACGAUCUCAAAGUAGAGAUCAAAAAAUAUUUCAAGCCGCACGCUGAGCGUGACUGGGCGCGUUAG